AUGUCUUCCCGCAGUUCGAUGCCCCAUAGCGAAAAUCCGAGCCAAAAUUCCGAAACCGAUCAGUCCGAUAACAAUGGCUCUUCCCCGCCAUCGAGCAGUAAACGCCCUCGUCAAACCCCCACCAACCAAAAUGAAUCAUCGGAAGAUGAAAGUGCGGAAGGUGAUGGGCCUUCUGAUCAAGAAGAUGAGGCUCCAACAUCUGCGCAAACGUCAACUCGCAAACGGGCGCGCCUAAACCCUCCCAGCGACGAUGAAUCCGAAGAGGAGGAGGGUGAUGAAAGUGAAGAUUCGAUGCCGCCGCCUCCCAGAAAAUCUCUGAGAGCUCACCCUGGGUUGGGCCCAGAUGGAUACAAGCCUGGCGCAAUCGUUCGUAUUAAAGUCGUCAACUUCGUCACUUAUACCGAAGCAGAGUUCUUCCCAGGCCCAAAGCUAAACAUGGUGAUCGGACCAAACGGAACUGGCAAAAGUACAUUGGUUUGCGCUAUCUGUCUAGGACUUGGAUGGGGGCCUCAGAUCUCGGUGAAUUCGUCAAGCAUGGCUCCUCCGAAGCUACGAUCGAGAUUGAACUUGCGAGGCACCCCGGGUACCCCGCGGAAUCCAGUGAUCAGUCGCAUGAUCAAGCGAGAUGGAAACAAGAGUUCAUUUACGUUGAACGGCCACCCUGCUCCUAAACAAACGGUGCUGAAACUCGCGCAAGGAUUCGCAAUUCAAGUCGAUAACCUCUGCCAGUUUUUACCUCAAGACAAGGUUGCUGAAUUUGCCGCACUUACACCAAUCGAACUCCUUCAUUCUACCGAGAGAGCAGCUGCUGGACAAGAUAUGGUCAAUCAACACGAUGCUUUGAAGAAACUACGAGGCGAACAGAAGGAUAUUGAAAUGAACAAUCGCGGCGACAAAGAAAUGCUCUCAAAUUUGGAGAAUCGACAGGAGAUGCAAAGGGCAGAUGUGGAGAGAAUGCGACAAAGAGCUGAAGUGCAGGAAAAAAUCGACAAUUUGGAUUUCCUGCGCCCAUGGGUUGAAUAUAGAGAAUAUCACCGUACCCUCACCGAACUCAAAGAGCAGAAGACCAAGUGCGAACAGGAGCAGGGGGAACUGGAACAACGUCUUGCGCCUGCGAUGGCAGCCGUGGAUGCCAAAGAAAGCUAUUUGAAUCAAGUCAGUGCGGUAAAAGAACAACGGGAGACCCAAGUACAACAGCUUUCAGAUAUUGCCAGGGCACAGGGAAAUACUGUUCAAAACUUGGAUGCUCAAAACAAAGAGCUUAAUGGCGAGAUUGAUGCCCUCAAGAAAUCCAACCAGAAGACGAAGGACGAUGCUUAUGCUGAAACGCAAAAAUACAAAAGGCUGAAACGGCAGCAAGAGGAAGAGCCAGUGGAAUUUGACCCUGACUAUUACAAUGAGCAACUGAAACAAAAAAGACUCGAGGCUCGCGAAAUAGAAGAGAGGGCGAAGGAGAUCAACCGACUUAAAACUCCUCUGGCCGAAAGAAAGCGCGAAUUGCAAGACCAGGUUGAACGAGAAGAACGGCAGCUGAGACAACUGGACUCAGAAGUAGGCCGUCAAGAAAACAAGCUGGCGAAUCUGUCACAAGAUACGCUAAAAGCCUAUCGAUGGGUUCUCCAAAACCAAGACAAAUUUGAAAAAGAAGUGUUCGGUCCGCCAAUUGUCACUUGCUCCAUCAAAAACCCUCGAUAUGCCGAUAUAAUCGAAUCACUGUUCCAGAAAAACGACUUCACGUCAUUCACGACACAAAGCAGAAACGAUUUUCGCACCCUGCAAAGGGCACUUGACCGAGAUUUGAAGCUUUCAGAUAUCACUAUCAAGACAUGCUCGGCGUCUCUCGAGUCCAUGACCGUGAACAUCUCAAACGAGGAACUCAAGCGACUCGGGUUUGAGGGCUGGGCUAAAGACUUUAUCCAGGGUCCCGAUCCUGUACUUGCUAUGCUUUGUAGCGAGAAUGGUUUGCACAGAACACCCGUUGGAUUGAAUGAGAUAUCAAAUCAGGUCUAUGAAGAGCUCGUGGCGGGAACCCUCGCUUCAUGGGUUGCCGGGAAACAAUCCUAUAAGUGCACUCGACGUCGGGAGUACGGGCCUGGAGCUGUGUCGACUCGCGUCAACCCGGUCAGACCUGCUAGGUAUUGGACGUCGCAACCUGUGGAUGCAUCUGUGAAACAACAACACCGGGAUAAAAUCAGAGACGCCAAGGCGGAAGAAGAGCACAUUGAUGAACAAAUGAAUGAACAGAGAUCCGAGUUGGGGGACCUAGGCUCGAGGAGAAAAGAGUUACAUAGUGACAUGGACGAGAUUGAGAAGGAGAAAGCCGAAAAGCAAACAGCACAUACACAGUACCGCGCAAUCCCGGAGAAGCUUGCUGCAAUCCUAGCCAAGAAGACCACGUUUGAGAGGAUGUUCAAGACGACCCGAGAGCGCGUUGCUGAAAUCCGCGGCCGACAAGAUGAAGUUGUUAUCAGAAAAGCCGAGGCCGCCAUUGAGUAUGCGGAUGCCGUCGAGAAUCUUCGGGAAGCCUUCGAGGAACUUGUCAGCGUUGAAGUUAAAUGUCUUGAAGCACAUUCCGAUCUCCAACUUCUGAAUAACCGUAAUAGUGAAUAUCGAAACAUGAAAGCAGAAAAAUCCCGCGAGGUUGGGCGCCUCCAAGCCGAAUAUGCAGAUGCAUUGAGUAAAGGCAGAGGCAUGAGACGGGCUUCGAAGCGCAUCAUGGAUCAAGCAAAUGAGAGACCCGGCUGUGAGGAACUUUGCGCGUCGAUGGCGGCAAUCGAAAACUACGGCAUGGAUGAAUUCAAUGCGGAGAUCGACUCAGCUAGGGCGCAACUGGAAUUAACCCAGGGUGGCAGUGCGAGCAUGAUCAAGGAAUUCGAAGAGCGUGAGCAGAAGAUCGAGAAAUUGCGCGACAAACUCGCCUCUUUCCAAGAGCAAUUGGAUGCACUCCAAGGGGGCAUUGAUGAGGUUCGGGCAAUUUGGGAACCAAGGCUGGACGCACUCAUCAGCAAGAUUAGUGAUGCCUUCUCAGACUCUUUCCAGCGCAUUGGUUGUGCUGGACAGGUAAGCCUAGACAAGGUGGAAGCUGAGUCUGGGCCAAAUGGCGAGCGUGGUGGUAGCGAGUUUGAUCAAUGGUCUAUUCAGAUCCACGUCAAGUUCCGAGAGCAUGAAAGCUUGUCACUCUUGGAUUCACACCGUCAAUCAGGUGGUGAGCGAGCUGUGAGCACUAUCUUCUACCUCAUGGCGCUUCAAUCUCUGUCUGCAUCACCAUUCCGGGUUGUCGACGAGAUCAACCAGGGUAUGGACCCAAGGAACGAACGCAUGGUUCAUGGUCGCUUGGUGGACAUUGCCUGUGCCUCAACUGAGGAAGAGACCGACGACCAAGGCAAUCCUGUUGGGGGCAGCGGUGGUGGGCAAUACUUCCUCAUCACGCCGAAGCUUCUUACUGGACUAUCUUACAAGCCUGGCAUGAGAGUUCUUACUAUCUGGAGUGGCGAGCAUAUGCCUAAGGACCAUAAGCUGAAUGUCGGCCGGGCUAUUCGUCUCAGGAAGGAAAUGAAUGCUGAGACAAAUAAUCUGGGCAGCAGUCCCCAGGUCGGUGUCUACGCAUAA